AUGUCUAUCAUUAGUGAAAGCAAUUUGGGAGUUGAUUAUCUCACGUUAAGCUCAACUGCUGGCUCUGUCAGAGGAUUUAUCAACAAAGACUACCCAAACGUCGCCCAGUUCCUCGGCAUUCCCUUCGCCGAACCGCCGAUAGAGCCGCGCCGGUGGUUACCUCCAACGCCGAAGCAAGCGGUCGACAGCAUUGAUGCUACGAAGUUUGGAUUCUCGUGCCCGCAACAGCUUGGAGGCAGGCCUUCGGUCUAUAAUACGGAUGUGACUGAACAUCAGAUUCGAGACGAGACUUCUGAGGAUUGUCUCUCUCUUUGCAUCUGGGCACCCAAUGAUGCGGCCAAGGAGGGGUCCACGAAGAAGCUCCCUGUGAUAGUUUUCAUCACGGGCGGCGCGUUUCUCGUCGGCGGCUCUACUAUUCCUUAUCAGAAUCCAACACCCUGGGUCGAGAGCAGCAAACGGCACAUCGUUGUAAGCCUCAAUUAUCGCCUAAACGUUUUCGGUUUCCCAAAUGCCGCAGGACUGAACCCCCAGGAACGCAAUCUAGGUUUCCUAGAUCAGCGUCUCGGCCUAGAAUGGGUACACCAACACAUAGCCUCCUUCGGCGGCGACCCAUCGCGGAUGACACACUUUGGGCAAUCAGCAGGCGCCCGCAGCAUCGACUGCCACACAUUUUUGCACCCGGAAAAGCCCUUGGUGAGAAAUAUCAUUCUUCACUCCGGGUGUGCACUCCCUCCACUUCCAGUGAGUGACCCAGAGGGUAAGCACUUCAGCGCUCUUGCCAAGGCGCUCGGUUUUCCCGGCGGUGAUGCCGCGGCGGAGCUGCAGUUCAUGAGACACCAACCUCCGCAAGAGCUUCUCGAGGCUAUCCAGCAUCACUGGGCUACUGAGGAGAAGCCUUUUCUGAGUUUCCGGCCCGUAGUAGACAACUUUACCCUGUUUGAUGAUUAUGAAGACAGAGCCAAGGCAGGAAACUUCAGUAAACUGCCGGCCAUUUGUGGAACCAUGAACGAUGAAGGUAACUCAGUUGCUGUGUAUCAUCCCGAUGGAGCAGAUUCAUACUGGACUGAAAAGAUUACAAAAGACUACUUCCUGGGACCAAUGGUAUCCAUGGCGCGAGCACGCUCUACUCAUGCUCCCACGUUCCGCUUCUUGGUCAAAGACUAUUCGCCUGCUGGUACCAGUUCAUUCCCCAAUAUUAGUCCACGGCCAUGGUUACGAGCCUACCACAGCUCGGACAUGCCUUUGAUCUUUGGGACCCACGAUUUGGCUCGUGGCCCAUCCACACCAUUGGAGGAGAAGUUAUCACGAGCUUGGCAAGAUUUCUAUAUUGCAUUUGCAGAAGAUGGGCCGGAUGGAUUGCGCAAGAUGGGAUGGAAUGACAUGAGUGAAAGCGUGGGCAUUGUGCUAGGUGGCGGUGAGAAGGGUUGGGAGACUGUCAGCCUGGAAGAGAUUGACAAUAGGUGA